AGGAGGCACCAUUGCAAUGCGCCGGUCGUUGCGAGUGCGCGUCGCUUUCUGUACUUGGCCGUAAAGUGUGUUUCAUAAAAGGUGCGCUAUUCUAUUCUACUCUGACUCAUAGUUCGAUCGAUUUUAUACGAAAACGUAAAAGCUACUUUUUAACCAACUUUUAUACAUAAUCUUUUAGACAUAAACGCGAACUCGGUUAUAUCGGACGCGCCAUACUCGAAUCGAAAUUCAGUGUUUUUGUGUGCUUGUCUACCCCGCCAACAUGUUUCUGUUGUGGCCGACGAUUUUGUUACUCUACUCUGGAAGUGUUUUUGGAUUAAAGCAACAAGCACUGAAGAAUAUUGCAACUGGUGAUUCGUCAUCUUUACAUUUUGAACCACAAGUAGCUUUAUUAUGCGACCAAAAAAGCGGGCAGCCGUAUUACAACCAGUACAUGAGUCAAUCUGGACGCUGGACAGUAGAUACGAAUUCUAGGUCUAGUGUUUCAUCGUCAUCGUGUACCAAUGAAAAACUAGACAUAUUGGAGUAUUGUAAAAAGGUGUAUCCAAGUCACGAUAUCACUAACAUCGUCGAAUCUAGUCAUUUUGUAAAAAUCGGCGGUUGGUGUAAAGUAGGAAGAUCUAAAUGCAAAAAAACCGAAUGGGUUAAACCGUAUCGCUGCUUAGAGGGACCUUUCCAAAGUGACGCUUUACUGGUACCAGAGAAAUGCGUUUUCGAUCAUAUCCACAAUCAAUCAAAAUGCUGGCCAUUCGAUCUAUGGAAUCAAACCGCAUCCGUUUCCUGCCAAGAUCGCGAUAUGAAUCUUCGCAGUUUCGCUAUGCUCUUACCAUGCGGCAUUUCCUUGUUCUCCGGAGUUGAAUUUGUUUGCUGUCCAAAUAAAGACAAAGUAACCACGAAAAAGCUCUCGAUUCCGAACACGAUGACUGACCAAUUCGACAUCGACGAUGAUAUCGACGACGACGACGAUGACGAUGAUGACGACGACGAUCUAGACGACAGCGACGACGAUUACGAUGGUUAUGAUGAUGCCAUCAGCAGCAGUACGAGAGCACCGACCACUUCUAGGCCUACAACAACGACUCCAGCACCAACUACCACCACGACUGCUCCACCAACUCCGGACCCAUAUUUCACACAUUUCGAUCCUCAUGAGGAACACAAAGCUUACAAAGAAGCACAAAUGCGACUGGAGGAAACUCACAGAGAAAAAGUGACCAAGGUAAUGAAAGACUGGUCCGAUCUGGAAGAACAUUACCAAGAAAUGAGAUUGAAAGAUCCACAUAUGGCCGAAGAAUUCAAACAAAGGAUGACGCUAAGAUUCCAACAAACCGUACAAGCUUUAGAAGAGGAGGAAGCGGCGGAAAAACAUCAGCUAGUUGCCAUGCACCAACAACGUAUCAGCGCACAUAUUAAUCAACGUAAAAAGGAUGCCAUGAAUUGUUAUACACGUGCCUUGAAUGACAAUCCGCCAAAUACGCACCGAGUACAAAAAUGUUUACAAAAACUGCUCAGAUCAUUACACAAAGAUCGUCAUCAUACCAUCACCCAUUAUCGCCAUUUGCUGAUGACCAGUGUCGAACAAGCUGAUCGUGAAAGAGCCAUUACAUUAGAACAUUUAGUCGAUAUUGAUCACAUGGUAAACCAGAGCCUUCAAAUGCUCGAAAGAUAUCCAUCAAUUUCUGGAAAGAUUUCCAAACUGAUGUCUGAUUACGUGCAGGCGUUACGUAGCAAGGACGAAACUCCUGGAACUCUUCCAGCCAUGACACGCGAAGCUGAAGCAGCAAUUUUAGACAAAUAUAAAGACGAAGUAAUCGCAGCACAAGAAGACAAAGAACGCGAACGUAUCUUGGAAAAACAACGUAAAGAAGCUUUGAAGUACGAUAAAGUUGAAAUCAAAGGCGACGAAGCGCGUGCAGACGAAAUUCAAGCAGAAUUUGACGCAGAAACAGUCAUAGAUGAUCGUCGUACUACUUCGCAAUCAUCUACUACUACUCCAUCAACAAUUACAUUCCAGCCAGUUAUGAUUGAACAUCAUGAUACACAACCACGUGUAGCACAUGCUCUUAACCAUGACCUCGCUCAUGGAGAACCGAUAUAUGCCAUUAAAACUGAUGCAAGCAGCAAUCGUAGUCCUAAAAAUUUAUAUUUUACACUAGCAUUUACUGCGUUCACGUUGAUGGCCGUUACAUUGGUUGGUAUCGCCGUCAUUAGACGAAGAAAUGCCAGACUUCCACAGAAUCAGGGAUUCAUCGAAGUAGAUCAAGCCAUAACCCCAGAAGAACGUCAUGUCGCCAAUAUGCAAAUUAACGGUUACGAAAAUCCUACCUACAAAUAUUUCGAAGUUAAAGAAUAAACCAAAAAAACUAAAUUGAAUUCAUUUAUGUAACUGUUUAAUUUUUUGUAAGUCUACUUAUUUUAUACUUUCGAAAUUGAUUGUGGAAGUAUAAAAACAAAAAACAAAAAAAAAACAUUUCGUUUAGAAAAUUGUCAACUCGACAUAUUGUUAGAUUUUCUAUAAUAUAUUAAGGUAUAAGAAUGAAUUUUUUGUUCGUUGCGUCGUUAUACGUUCUUUUAAACCAUUUCCGUCUAGUCUUUCGUUUUUAAUUUUGUGCGCAGAAAAUACAGGUCACGGUCAUCAAUUCAAAUUUUGUGUCGGGAUAGUGUGUUUUUUUCACGUUUACGGAAACUCGAUAAAGAUGAAAUCAUUAAUAAUUAUAAAUAUCAAAUGCACUUACUAAUUGAACUCUGUUCAUUAUUAAUUUAAGAAAAUAAAAAAUUUCUGAUUUGUUAGGCAUGAUAAAAAAAAAAAAAAAAAAAACAUUUUAUCAUUCGUGCACUAAUUCAGUUCUACAUAGAUUGAAAAUAUACUCUGAUAGAAAACGAAAUUUAUCAUUUAAACCAAUUUUAAUAAUAAGUUGAUGUUAAGCGAAUUUUUAUAUCGAUUUAAUUCUAUUAUAUUCUUAUGAAAACCUAAGUAUAUAUCCUAUUUAUUUUCAGGUUUUAACAUGUGUGUGAUACUUAAUAAUUGAAAACGUAGCCGUAUCUGAUGGUGUAUAUUAUUUGAGAUAAUUAGAUAGGUAUCUGAAAUAUUACUUAUUAAGUGUAAUUUUAUUAAGCAUUUUAUUUAAAAUCGCAAAAUAAAAUAGACCCUGAUUAGAUACUGUUUUAGUAACAAUACCUACUUAUUAUAAAUUUCUUGAAAAUUAACCUACAUAAUAUACAAAAUAUUCUUGAAUAUGGAACUUUUAUAUGUGAUGUUGUUCCUAUAAUUCGUAUAAACUAUUUACUUAUUCCACUACACACUAAACAUUUCUAUCUUUUAUCUUUAAAUUUGAAUCGAAGAGGAAAAAAUCAUGAAUAAUCAUUUGUAUAUUUGCAUUUUUGUCUUUAUCUCUAUAUCAAAAAAAUCAAAUAUUUUUACUAUUACCUAGGAACUUUUUCCUUUAUUUUUGAUUUCUGCUUAAGUUAUUUUUUAAUUAUUUUUAGUUGAUUAGCUAUUUUUUUUAUUUUACCGUGUAUUACCUUUACUGUUAUGUGCUGUAUAUUAUGUAAAGUAUUAUUUUUAAUAUGCUUUCUUCAAAAGCUUUAACCUUGAGAAAUUUUGCUUUCACUAAAAUUAUUUAUGUUAUUUUUAUUUUGAAUUCCAAUUUUAUCAUUUUAGAGCGAAACCUACUUCACCCUUAUUACAUAAUUUUUGUUUAUUUUUGUUCUUUUUUUAUACAUACAUGUGUAAUUUUAAUAUGGUGAUACUAUUCUUUUUCUCUUUCCAUCUACUACUCUUCAAUGGAUAAUAAAAUAGACUCAUUCUUAUUCUGGCCAAUAUUGCAAAAAUGUACUUGAAUUACUCAAACUUUGAGGGCGAAAAAUGUACUUAUAAAAAAUUUUGUUUGUUGAAUGUUGCAAUAUUAAUUUUUAUUAGCAGCGACGUUGAGCCUAUUGUGCUUGAUAUGCAAUGAUAUAAGAAAUUUUUAUUAAUAAAAAUUAUAUAAGUUAAAA